UGGUGGUUGGUGAUUGGUGGUGGUUGGUGAUUGGUGGUGGUUGGUGAUUAGUGGUGGUGGUUGUUGUUGUUGGGUGAUUGGUUGUGGUGGUGGUGGUGGUGGGUGGUUGUUGUUGGCGGUAGAGCCCAAGCAGAGACAUCCCCGUUAUUCAAAUCCCGAGCACCCAUUUCUUAAAACAAACCAAACACAAAAUCGGUUAACAUUUUUCCCGCCAAAAUUUUAUUUUACGUAAUUUUUAAAAUCUGAUAUCAUCUUUGAGGUAAAACUACCCUUUGCGAUUUUUAAAGAGGUAAAAAAAAAUAUUUACGGUUUAUUACGACCCCCUCCUACACGCAACAGAAUAAUAAACCUUCACCCAGUCACACCCCCACCACCACCACCUCAUCAUCAUCAUCAUCGUCGUCGUUACCACACCCACCCCCUCGUUACCAAGUCAGCCAACCAUGCCGUCCCUGAGUGAAAACAUGCUGUUCGGAAUGGGAAAUCCACUGCUUGACAUCUCUGCAAUCGUGGAUAAAGACUUCCUGGACAAGUACGGACUCAAAGCAAACGAUCAGAUCCUCGCUGAUGAGAAACACAAAGAGAUAUUUGAGGACAUGGUAAAGCGGUUCUCUGUGGAAUACCUGGCAGGAGGGUCGACCCAGAAUUCCAUGCGGGUAGCGCAGUGGAUGAUUGGCCACCCGUGCAAGGCCGCCACCUUCUUCGGCUGCGUGGGCGAGGACGCGUUUGGGGCGACGCUCAGACGCAAGGCGGAGGAGGCCGGAGUGGACGCACGCUACCAGGUCACUAGCAGCGCAGCUACGGGGUCCUGCGCUGUGUGUGUCACGGGGGACAACCGCGAGCAGCCUCAAGGUAGCAGCAACUCGGUCAACAUGAAUAUGACUGUGCGCGGGAAGAGGUCUCUGGUGGCUAAUCUUGCUGCUGCCAAUGGCUACGUCAAGGAGCAGCACCUCGACCUGCCUGAGAACUGGGCCCUGGUGCAGAAGGCGCGAGUCUACUACAUUGCUGGCUUCUUCAUGACCGUGUCUCCGGACUCGAUGAUGGCGGUGGCCACGUUGGCCGCCAAGCAGAACAAACCCUUCUGCCUCAACCUCUCUGCACCUUUCCUGGCUCAGCACUACGGGGCCGAGCUCUCUCGACUGCUGCCCUACGUGGACGUGCUCUUUGGAAAUGAAACCGUGAGGCGGAGGGGGAGGGACUCGGCUCCACGCACUGCACUACUACUGCUGUACACUACUGCUGUACACUACUGCUGUACACUACUGCUGUACACUACUGCUGUACAAUAGUGCUGUGCACUACUGCUGCACACUACUGCUG